AUGACCUUAGUGGGGCCCAAGGAGGAGAGCGUCUUACCCAUCAUGCUGAGUGUGCAACCGCAGCAUCACCACCAUGGCCUUCACGCCACUUCGAGCGCGCAGACCCAUCGUGGCAAUGUGAUCGUCUCUACCAGCAGCAUGCCGGCUAAUAACAACACUCUGCAACACGGGUGCAAACGAUCGAAGAUCUACGGCCAGGCUACUGGACCCUAUGGCACGGUACCGCAUCAGCCCGCCUCAGUGGCCAGGCGAAACGCACGCGAGCGCAACAGGGUGAAACAGGUUAACAAUGGAUUCGCCACACUGAGGCAACAUAUACCGCAGACAGUGGCACAGGCCCUCGGAAGCAGUACAGCCGGAACUCAUGGCGGAUCCAGGGCCGGCAGCAAGAAACUGUCGAAAGUAGAGACCCUGAGGAUGGCAGUGGAAUACAUAAGAAGUCUUCAGCGUCUUCUGGAAGAGCACGAUACCGGCUCCGAGUCUAGUGGUUCCUCGCUCACCUCCUCUACCUCGCCUACGUGUGGGUCCGAAAAUGGGGUCAGCUCCGAAUCCAGCCAUCAUCUGGCUGAACUGAGAUUACGAGGUAGCAUCACCGGGGAGAUCCGUCAUCAUGGUAGUCCACAAGGAUCCGAUAUCCAUCGGCACCAGAACCUCAGGCAAAACUCCAGUCCGACCUUCGUGCCGGCACCGUCCUCGGAAGCGUCAAGUUCACCAACGCCAAGUUUCGUCUCCGAGACGUCGUCGGCCGGAAGUCAAGGUUACGGCACACCGACCACGAUUUACGCAACGCAUUCUGAUAGUUACGACAACUACGAACCGAUGAGCCCGGAAGACGAGGAAUUACUGGAUGUCAUCUCUUGGUGGCAGCAGAGUCAGUGAGGACAUCAGCGUUGCUUUCAUUAGACCCACACGCCCUU